CCCUUCGAUGAAUAUCGAUCGUCCCUAAUUUGACGGACGGACAAAUUAAUUCGGCCAUUUUGUAUUUGUCUUUCACGCUUCGCACACGUUUCAACAAUGGCGGACGCAGCUCCAGCCGGUGGACGUGGCGGUUUCCGCGGUGGUUUUGGUUCACGUGGUGGCGAUAGAGGCCGUGGUGGACCACGUGGUCGUGGACGCGGUCGUGGUCGCGGCCGCGGACGCGGCAAGGAAGAUCAGAAAGAAUGGGUGCCCGUAACUAAGCUGGGUCGCCUUGUCCGUGAAGGGAAAAUUGACAAACUUGAGAGCAUCUACCUAUUCUCCUUACCCAUCAAAGAGUUUGAGAUCAUAGACUUUUUCCUUGGACCAUCGCUCAAUGACGAAGUCUUGAAGAUUAUGCCUGUACAGAAACAAACUCGUGCCGGUCAGCGUACACGUUUCAAGGCCUUUGUGGCUAUUGGAGAUAACAAUGGCCAUAUUGGUUUGGGUGUAAAGUGCAGUAAAGAAGUGGCUACUGCAAUUAGAGGUGCAAUCAUCCUUGCCAAGCUGUCUGUCCUCCCCGUUCGUCGAGGAUACUGGGGAAAUAAGAUUGGAAAACCUCAUACUGUUCCUUGCAAGGUUACUGGCAAGUGUGGUUCUGUCACUGUAAGGCUGAUCCCAGCCCCCCGUGGUACUGGUAUUGUAUCUGCUCCAGUCCCAAAGAAGUUACUUCAAAUGGCAGGAGUACAGGACUGCUACACUUCAGCUCGUGGAUCCACUGGAACUCUUGGCAAUUUCGCUAAAGCUACUUAUGCUGCCAUUGCCAAGACCUAUGCAUACCUCACUCCUGACUUAUGGCGUGAUAUCCCAUUGACCAAGUCUCCAUACUCGGAAUUCAAAGUUUAAAGACAUUUCAAUGUGAAAUUAAAAAAUUAACAUCUU